GAAUACUGGGGAUGAUGUACGACGUCUGGUUUCGACGUAAAAGAUGCGCCAAACGCUUGAUAAAUAACAGGAUUACACUUAUUUUACAAUUCCAAGAAAAUUGAAGUUAAUCAAAACAAGGUUAUGUCGCUACCGUAUUAUUGAACGUGUACGGCGUGUUCGCGUCGAUUCAAUGAUAACCAGUGCUUUCAGAUCCGCCGUCAAGAACGUUUUGAAAAUGACUCCAAAUGUCGUUUUUGUUUUGGGAGGUCCGGGAGCUGGCAAGGGCACGAUAUGUCAGAAAAUCUUCGAAAAUUUCGGUUAUGUCCACCUUUCUGCGGGCGAUUUGUUGCGCGAAGAACGUAACAAUCCGGGAUCCCAAUUCGGGGAACUUAUAGAAAAUUACAUUAAAGAAGGAAAAAUAGUACCCGUCGAGAUUACAUGCGGACUGCUUGAAAGGGCGAUGGAGACUUCGGGAAAGGACAAUUUUUUAAUCGACGGCUUUCCAAGAAAUAAAGACAACUUGGACGGGUGGAACAGAACCAUGGCUAAUAAAGUGAACUUAAAAUUUGUGUUAUUUUUUGAAUGCCCGGAAGAAGUAUGCCUGCAACGUUGCUUGAAGAGAGGCGCUACAAGCGGGCGCGUUGAUGAUAAUGUGGAGAGUUUAAAAAAGAGGUUCAAUACUUAUAUAUCCGAGACUAAACCUAUAAUUGAACACUACGCGAAUCUUAAUCUAGUAAAAACAGUAGAUGGAUCUAAAUCCAAAGAUGAAGUAUUCAAUGAAGUAAAGUCUCUUUUUCAAACUGAAGGCGGUGAUCACUAAACAGGUAGCUCCAUUCCUAAUUGAAGCAGUAUGUACUUCAAGUUCAAUGAAAUAGGAUUAUAUGGUGCCCCACAUACUUAAAUAUGUUCCCUAAUAUAAAAUUUUGUGUUCCUUUUAUGAUGUAAAAAAUGUGAUUUCUAAAAUAGUUGGCAAUUAAGGAUAAAUAUUGUUUAGAAAAUAAAAUAAUUUUUCUUUUUUCAUUUAAUGGUUUUAAAUAGAGCUUUACAAUUAAACUAUCAUUUCUGACAAUGCAUGUAAGGUGCAGUGACUUUCACGUUUGAAUCAGGUUCAGGCAAUAAUUGACCUUUACAUUUGUUAUUUGAAAGCAUUAAUGAAGUGAAAGGAAAGUCAAUAUAUUUGUUGUAAUACUUUAUAAAAAUGCAAUAUUU